GAAGUAAAUGUUUUUUAGUUUUUAUACAUAAUCAGGUGUAACAAGGCAUCAUAAAUUCGCCGUUUCUGAUUGAAUAAGGUUGAAAUUAGAGAGUAAAUAAACGGAACAGAUACGUUUCUGCGGCUUACUCAAUUUCGAUUUGUGGAUUUGUGACUUCAAGGACGCCACAGGUACUAGGCUAAGGGAAUUACCAUCACCAAGUUUACUCUCGUUCAUCCAUACUCUGUCCAUCCAUUACUAACAACAGUAUUCCUGAAGGCUGGACACAAACCUGUUUGCGACUGGAAACUUCCCAACCUAUCCGGAUAUCCUAUCGCAGCCAUGUUUGUAGCUCUCUCGGCGUUAAUUGUUGCAUGUCUGGAUCAAAUCGUAUGUUACAGUGUGGAUCCGGUCACAUCACCUGCUACUUUUCGAAUUGGCUCAAAUGAUUCAAGCAUACUGUUACAAGGCUAUAUAAAUAUUACUUUGGCUUACACAAAGGUUCAGAAAGCACCUGUUAUAGUUUCAAUCGAUUCCGCAACUCAAGGGAAAUUCCAAGUUUCAGGUGUUUUGGGAAACGAGAUAGAAGGUUUGAACUUAUCUUGGAAACCAGAUCAGUCAAACAGUACUUGGAACCUUACAUUUCGAUUCGCGAAGUCUGAAAAUAGUUACAACCUCAGUGGAAUUAGCUUCGUUUAUGAACUGCUUGAUUUGCCGGGUUCAAGAUAUGCAUCAAAUAACCAUUCACUAUUUUCCGCUGCAAUCGGUUCAUACUAUUCUUGUCAAGCUGAACAGAAUUUAGUUUUAAAUCAUUUCGCACCAAAUCCUGUAACUGUUAACCUAACUUUCUCUCAGUUAAAAGUUCAAGCAUUCAGACAUGGAUUGGAGCCUGAAUUUAAUGGUAUCAAUUUAUUAGCUGUAUACCGUCUGUCGUUUGCAAAUAAUGAUCGUUCGGCGGUGAUUUGAUUCACUACCCUUGUAGUUUAUUAUCGCUGUUUUUAAACACCGAAUCUGAGUUGUUUUUGUUGUUAAAUGAACUUAUAUGCAGCAUGAUUUAUAUGGUAUAUAAACUAGCAGUAUCUACUUCGGUUUUGUAGACAAGGUAACAAUACCGACAGUUCAAUAUUACAAUUUUCCUUCUUUUAUUCAAGCUUAAUGAUAGUUUGUUGAAGACUAAGCGUGUGUGAUUUCUUUUGGUCUGUUGAAUGUUUUAGGUUUCCGUUCAUGCUUGAGAAGAUUCCCUAAUACUUCCUGUUUUUUAUUACAGCAAACUCUGGGAGUAAUCCAGUAUGCUUUUUGAUGACUGUCUUCAUCAACUGUACCACUUCUAAACUGUACAUUAGUGAGGGCUGAUUGAUGGCGUUUCAACUAUAUUUCGCCUUAAAAAAAAGUUAUUGUUAGUGUUUCAGGGUUUUUUCAAAGGAAUCGCGACAGUCCUGAUGAGUACUGCUUAGUACAGUCAUUCCAUAUGAUAGUUCAUCUUAGGCUUUUACCCGACUAACGGGUUUCGAGUAGAAAACCUUUGGUAGGUUGACUUACUUCUUGGAUGAACAUUUAACGGGCAGACUACUACAGAAUCUGUUUUUUUGGCGCUGUUAAAUGCAGCUGCUUAACAGAGGUUCAUCAUUGCGUUCGCUGAAUUUCAAAAGUUUCAAAAGUACCGUUUACAGGUCUUUCAUCUGAUUUCAAAGUCAUAAAGUGGGAAUUCCUCUGUUAUUUCGUGAAAAUCUACCACUAAUGAAAGACUUAUCACUAACCACCCUUAUCUUUAUGCAGUCUGAUCCCAACCCCAAUCAUUAUCAUAUAGGGAAAAUGAUCACUUGACCGGUACAACGUAUAAUUCAGUUACUGAAUUUGGUGCAGUUUCACAACCUGGUCAUUUAAUCAGUCAUCCCUGUUAAGGGCUUCGAACAUAGUCCUGCCUUAACCUCAAGUUGACACAAUUCUCAUUUAAACAUUAAAAACACAAAGUCUAGCUAAAGGAUCUCUUUUCAGUGACUUUUAUUAUCAGGCCAUAUAUAUAUACCUUGCUUCACAAGAGCAGAUGACCUGGUAGAUGCACAUAAAGGUGACUGAUAAGGAGUGAAGUAGUUGAGCGUGUUG